AGUAGCCCACUAGCUGUGGCAGUCGCCAGUCGCCACCGCCAGUCAGACAGUGCCACUUUUGUAUACGCUUCUCAAGCCGGGAUUUUGUUUGGCAAUAAACUUGUACAAUGAUUCGGUAGCUAAUAUUUACUUCGUUUGUUCGAUUUACAUAAAACAAUGACGACACAACGUGCGCUUCCACAAAGCAAAGAGGCUCUGCUCAAGUCCUACACAACAAGACUGAAGGACGAUGUGAAAUCCAUGCUGGAAAACUUCGAAGAAAUUUUGAAAUUAGCCAAGGGUGAAAAUGACACGCAACUGUCCAGGAUGACACAGUGCGAACAGGACACUUACGAGAUGCAUGUCCGAGCAGCAAACAUGGUUAGGGCUGGAGAAUCUUUGAUGAAGCUGGUGUCUGACAUAAAACAGUAUUUAAUUUUGAACGACUUCCCUUCUGUAAAUGAAGCCAUCACGCAGAACAGCAAACUGUUCAGGGCAAAGCAAGCCGAGUGUGAUCAAAAACUGGCAUCGCUGAGAGACGAUAUGGCUGCCGAUCUUUAUGACCUGGAAGAAGAAUACUAUUGCUCAAUAUAUAAGUGACUGAUUUAGUAAAAAGUUAUUUUUUCUGUAUAUAGAAGUGUACAUAUGCUGAUUUUUUUCUUAUGUAACAUGAUAAACUACUCAAAAUGUAAUUACAAAGUAUCAAACAAAAAGAUAUCUUUCGCAGAAGUUGGAGUGUAAACAAGUCUUUUCAUAUAUCAUCAUUGUUCUCAAGAUUCAGAUUAUUCGCUGAUAAAUUAUAUUUUCUUUACAAACUUAUUAUUGCUUCAGUUAGAUUACAGUUCAUUAGCCUCUAUCCAAUGGCAAUACAAUAAAAUAUACACUUAGUACAGAUAAGUUUCAAUAUGCAAUCUCAUUUCAUAAUGUGUAUAUAGAUUCACAAAAGGCCAUCAGUGGAGAAGGUAUAUUUGAAAGAUAAUUUAUUAAUUUAUUUAUUAAAGAUAUAAAACCUCAACUUCAGUUUUAUGAAGACUAAAUGUAAAUUAUGUGGGCACAGCAUGGUUUAUUUUUUAUUUGUUACAAGUUAUUGGUAUGAUAGCAACGUUUACGAAAGUUGAAGCUGAAACAACAACAAACAAUAAAAUAUAUUUUCCAUCACUGAUUCUUGACUUUUUUAAAAACUUCAGCUAGUGUUCUGAGCUAUAAACUAAAAUAAAUAAUGGCGGAAUAAGAACAAUA